AUAGUAUUUAAUAAAUUAAUAUUAAUAUGCUAAAUAAAAUAAACAUAAUGAGAGCGGAAUAGGUUCAAAGCAAGGGAUGUGGUGGCAAAGGGUGAUAGUGGAUCCAGACAACGGCAACAGCACAAAAGAUAAUGGCAGAGGAACAACAGGCAGAUUAGACAAAUUGAUCCAACUGGCACAGUCAUUUGCACAAGUUGUAGUCUCGAGUGGUAUACAAAAAGAUGGGAGCAUUGUGUGUAAAAGGCCUUUAGGCGAGAAGGAGAAGGAGAAGUUGAUGGAUAAUGGUGAUAUGGUAAUAAACAUGAUGUUUGAUACAAAGGAUAAGGUGGGUUUUGAUGUUAGGCAUGAUGGACCAGGAAGGUUGGCAGAAGAUGGAAAGCUAUAAAUGAGGGGGGAACUAAUUAAAGUUUUCCCAUUAAAGGAAGAGGUUUAGUGGCUUGAAAGGAGUAUGGUGGCUGUGGUGAAGUCUUUAAUGUCCAUAACAGCUAUUUAAGAACGAAUGGAUGUGGAUGGAGGGUUGCUCAUUUUUUCACCAUUAGGAGGAAGACAAUUUUUAUUAACUGAUCAUGUAUAGGGUUAUCUAUCUGAUUAUAUGUAGCAAAAUAUGGAGCUGUUUGAUCUGUGGUUUGAAUUAAUAUAGCCAUGGGCAGUAG